UAUAAAAGAGAAGAUGAGAUGAAGAAUAUCGUUGAAUUUUACAACAAAAACAACACUCGCAGAUAAAAAGUGAAUAAUUAUAAACGAAUACAAGGUUCACACGCAGUAUCAGGAUUCACGUUGAGAGAAUUUUCAUUUCGGAAAACGAUUAUACGCUUUUUUUCAAACAAACGCGAUUAUGUUGCUAAUGGAGCGUUUAAAGUAUCUUUUUUUCUCGGCUUAACCAUCCGCAUAUGUGUUUCAGUGAGUCCGGUGUGUUUGAAAAUCUGACGAAAAUGUGCGAUUUGUGAUCUUGUGAUCGAGUUUGAUUAAAUUAUGUCCGGUUCUAUGGAAUUCGCCGUUCGAAAUGGGCAACCACCUCAGGUUUCCACAUCGCAGGGUGUAAAUGUUCGUAAAAAGAAACUCAAUCGUCAAAUUUACUUCGUUUCGGGUUUCCUCUCGUUAUUCGUUUUGUUGAGCGUUGGUUUAUUCGGUUAUUUGUAUUAUUUGAAUGGCAGAUGGAAUAGCGAAAUUAAAACCUACGAUGCGAAAGUAAACGCCAGAUUGGCCGAAUUGGAUAAGCAAAUGCGAAAAUACGAAGCUGAAAAAGGUGAACUUAAAAUCCACGAGGGGAAAGUAAACGCCAAAUUUACCGAAUUGGAGAAUAAAAUAAGAGGAUACGAAACUGAAAUAGGUGAAUUUAAAAAGCGAGUAAUUGUAUUAGAGAAUCGAAUAAAUGGAUCGUCUGGUAAUUUGACCAAGCUCAGAUCUAACAAGCGUAUUCAGAAAAAGUUACUACUUAGCAAACUACCACUGAUGGGCGAAGUGGCUCGAUACAAACCGAUAUCAGUGCAAACGAUGGAAGAAAAUCCUGCGAUACUGGACGUCGAUAUGACAGGAUUGGUUGACUUGGCGGCUAUUCGAGCUGAUAAAAACAUCAGUCGUAAAGUAAGCAAUAGAGAACUGAUCAACAUGACCAGUUUAUGGGACAAGGAAGAGCUCGAUAAGUACCGAAUCAAACCUACAAACAAAACAACUCCCGCACCUUAUACGCACACGGGUCCUCGUACCAGACCUACGCUUGCGACUGCUAAGCCGGAUCCAGAACCGACUGGAAAGCCCAAAGAUGCAGAAUAUGAAGACGACGAAGAAACCUAUGUACCACGACCAGGACCAGGACCAAAUGAUUAUGAUGACGAAGAAGAGACUGUAGACGAGAUUCCGCUUAUUUAUACUCGCAACAGACGAAGCGCCGAGUUGGCUAAUUCCGCCAAUGUUAAUUUGAUCGAUACGGAAGCCGGGGAAUUCGAGUCGCGUAAUAGAUCCAGCAAUCCAAUCGACUUCAGUAGAACUUCGUCUUCAUCACGUAGUAGUAACCAAACAGCUCAGGCCGAUAAAAAAAUCCAGUGUAAUAGCACACGUUGCGAAGAACCUCGAAAACUGCCACUUCUGCAAAAAAUCACCACAACCAAACGAUCGAUCCAGCAGACAAAAAAAGCACAAAGUUUGCGAGAAAUCAGCAGCCCAGCAGGCUCAGAAAUGGAAGAAGAAAGUAUAGACGUUAUUGAAACUCGUAAAACAGUCGUCGCAGCUCAUUUUGGAGCCGAUGCUUCGAAAUAUAGUAUCCAUACUCAUGAUUAUUACGACGGAAAUUUCCACCUACGGCAUCCUACCGGUGAAUACGAAGAUUGGAAACCGAGUAUGUGGUUCGAUGAGCUAAAUAUGAAUCGACAUUUCGCUCUAAUGAACGGUGAAAUCAAAGUACACACUCCUGGGUUGUAUUUCGUCUACGCUCAGAUAUUUUAUUCAGAUCUCAGCGACGUGAAUGGCUACGAGGUGUUAUUAAAUAGACGCGUAGUAUUACAAUGCAUAACGUCAACAAUCUCCCUCAGAAACGUGACAUCGAAAUCAAACACGUGCUAUACCGGAGGUGUCAUCAAAUGCGACGCCGGAGAUAAAAUCUCCGUCAGAACCGUCGAUCCGGGCAUAAGAGUAAUGUUAGAAGCGACGAGAAGUUUCGUAGGAAUGUUUAAAAUAGGUGAUUUCCAAUCGGUUAAAUGAAAUGACUCGGGUAAAUAGCCUUUCGCAAUCAUACCUUUGUUUACAACUAUUUAUACGGAAUAUUUUCUCAUCGUAAAGUUCCUCCUCCUCGCUUCAGUGUUCCUUAUAAUCAUGAUGCCGGUAUAGAAUGAGAAUGUGUACUCUGAUUCUGAAUUAUUACCUUUUGACGCUCGCGUGUUCAUCAAUAAAAUGAACGGUACAGAUCGCGUAAGCUUUAAACCUAUCUCGAUUCGUGAUAAUAAUAUAGCCUACGAACUUGCUAAAAAAAAAAAAAAAUUAAUCGGUUAAUGAAUAAAAGCGUAGUAAUAUGCGAACUACUGUAAUAUUUAUCUUAUUAUUUGCACUAUGGCCUAACGCCGAGUUAGGUAAUCAAUCAAGGUAUCAAAUCAAUUCAAUAAAACUGUACAUUUAUUGAGUUAUUUUUAUGAAAUAAUUACGACUUUGGCCAAUUUAUCUCGCCUUAAAUUAUUUUUCUUUAUGAACAAUUCAUUGAUUUUAAUAAUGGUGUAAUAUAAAAUAUCGUGUUGUUUUUUUUUCUCUUUAAUUCGUAGACUGAGACUGAAUAAUUUUUACUUUAGGGUCACCGUGUUCAUAUAUUUUGUACUUGUGUGUUGAACUUGAGAUUGAAAUAAUUUAAAAAAAAAAAUGUUUUUCACACAAGUAUGGUAAUUUUACCUAUGUAAUAAGGAUCGAUGUAGUAUACGUCUUGUAUAAGUUAUGUGUAUAUUAUAGCAAAGUAAUUCUAAACUAAAGUGAACGCAUAUCUCUUCUCGAUGAUCAUCAUUCAUUACCGAACAAUAUUAGUGAUAAAAUUAAUUACUCACUCGUAGACUAAGUCGUGAAUAAUUUUUCUACUGUAUUUUGUAUAUGUUGUAUUCCAAUUAAGAAAUAAAAUCGAAUUCAAUUCCG